CGACGUCACUUCCGUGCGCACAGCGUUCACGUUUGACAACAAGCUGCGUGUAUUUCGGGAAGAUAUUUUGCCUCCUAUAAUCGUCCAACGAUGACUAAAUUACAAUAUCUGAAUGUGUAUCUAACUGAGCGUUUGAUGCAAGCUGCGGAGGAGAUACUUGGAGUGGUCGGAGACACGAUCUCCGAGUAUCAGGAAGAAAUAGCCCGGACAAAGAGAGAAAACCAAUACCUGAAACAACACUUGAUCACACCGGUCUUACCGGCUCCUCAGCCCAUUGUCUCUUGGGUCUCAGAGCAGCAAACUCCCCCUGAGCAACAGCGCUGUGAGCAGGAGUGGAGCCCCAGUCUGGGCCAGAGGGACACAGAGCACAUACAGAUUAAAGAGGAACAGGGUGAACUCAGGACCCGUCAGGAGGUAGAGCAGAUUCAAGGGCCGGAGGCUGAUACCAAAGAAGACUCCAUAACCAUUCCUCCCUGUGUGAAAAGUGACUGUGAUCAGGAGCCACCUCAGUCCACACAUCUUCUCCAAACUGUGGAGAACAGAGAGAAGUACUCUCUACCGACCAACACAACUGGACAGAUCAAAACAGAACCUGAUGGAGAGGGCUAUGGAGUAUCACUAUCAGAACCAACCAGUGACUCCCCUCAGUCUCAGUCCCUCUCUGCAGUAAAUCCAGACUGUUCUAGAACACAGAGUGAGAACACUGAAAGUGUUCCGAGAGAUCCAGAAAGGAGACCAGAGGAGGACACCCAGACACACUCAUGUACUCAGUGUGGAGCCGUGUUCUGUGAGCUUUCCCAAUUGGAUGCACACAUGCUAUCCCACACAGUACCACACAGUGGUGACACUAGUCACAGGCAAAUCCUCUGCACAGUCUGUUGGAAGUCAUUCACCUCUACCAGUUACCUCAAGGUCCACCUGUGUUCUCACAAUAAGGAGAAGCCCUUCCACUGUGGUGUGUGUGGCAAGAGUUUCAGCUACUCAGGCAGGUUCAGGGAGCACCAACGCAUCCACACGGGAGAGAGACCGUACCGCUGCCACGUGUGUGCUAAACGCUUCAACCGGUCUGCCCAUCUGAAGACCCACCUGAGGGUCCACACAGGGGAGAAACCCUACUCCUGUCCUGUCUGUGGGAAAGGAUUCAGUCAGUCCAGCCAUAUCAAGGGACACCUCAGAACUCACACCCGAGGGAGGUAGAUGAAAGAUGCCUUUUUUUAUUAGGAUCGCCAUUCUCCGACGCCAAUGGCAACAGCGAGUCUUACUGGGGUCCAACGAAAAAGACAUUACAGACAAAAGACUUUACACUUAAACAUUAACAUGUAGUGUGUGUGCACUCAGUUCCACAUACAUGUUAGUACAUACACGCAACAAGUAGGUCAAAUGGGGGAGAGGCAUUGUGCCCUGAGGUGUUGCUUUAUUUGUUUUUUUAAAACCAGGUUUGCUGUUCACUUUCCCUAUAUGAGAUGGAAGGGAGUUCCAUGCAAUCAUGGCUCUAUAUAAUACUGUAAGUUUCUUUGAAUUUGUUCUGGACCUGGCGACUGAAAAUAUGUCUGGUGGGGUAAGUGCUGUGUGUAAGUUGAUUAUGCAAACAAUUUGUCAUUUCGAACACAUUGGUGUUUCCUUAUAAAAACGAGAAGCCAUGCAGUCAGUCUUUCCUCAACACUUAGCCAAGAGAGACUAGCAUGCAUAUUAUUGCUUCGGGGAUGGCGGUGUCAAAAAGCAGAGCAUCUUUUUACCACGGAGAGACCUCUCCCCAUCUUUAUAGCCAUUGAAUCAAUAUGUUUUGACCAUGACAAUUUACAAUAUUAAGAUAACACCAAAUAAUUUAGUCUGCUCAACAGCCAAACCAUUAAUUACCAGAUUCAGCUGAGGUCUAGAACUUACGGAAUGAUUUGUACCAAAUACAAUGCUCUUAGUUUUUGAGAUUUUCAGGACCAGUUUAUUACUGGCCUCCCAUUCUAAAACUGACCAACUCCUUGUUUAGGGUUGCAGUGAUUUCACUAGCUGUGGUUGCUGGCCCAUAUAGGGUUGAAUCAUCAGCAGACAUGGACACAGGAUUUGUUUAAUGACAGUGGCAGGUCAGCUUUCCAUCGAAGUUGUCAAUGCCAGGAGGUUUGUCAUUAUUGAUCGAUAACAAUUGUUCCGCCUCUUCCACACUAACUUUACAAAAUUCAAACUUACAAUGCUUUUCUGUCAUUAUUUUCUUUCAACUGUUCGUGGUUGGCAUUUACUGCCUAGGUUUGCCCUCUUUGACAAUGAAGUAAUUAUUAAAAUAAUUGGCAACAUUAAAUGGUUUUGUGUUGAAUAAGCCAUCUGAUUUUAUGGAAGAUGGAGUUAAAUUGUUUUAUUUACAGUGCCUUGCGAAAGUAUUCGGCCCCCUUGA